CGCACCGCAGCGGCGGCAGUCACACGCCGUUCCGUCUCGACGCGAGCGCGACAGAGACUCGGAGCGGGUCUCAUCUUCCGAGAACCCGCGCAGUCGGGAGAGCAUCAGGCGCAGAGGGCGGGUCUCGGUCCGCAUCUUGAAAAGAGGGGGCGCUCGUGGCACGCGAAAGGGGUGACAUUUCGGUCUUUAGAGGGAGGAUGUUCAAGAAACUGUUCGGAAGCAAGGGUUCCGGCGGCGGGGGCGGCGGGGGUCCGGCCGCCGGCGGCGGGGGCUUCGGCGCGCCGAAGACGAGCCCCCUGAGCGCGGUCGAGAAGCUGAAGGACACGCUGGCCAUGCUCGAGAAGCGCGAGGCGCUGCUGCAUAAGAAGAUGGCGGCCGAGCUCGAGAAGGCGAAGGACUUCAACCGCGCCAAGAACAAGCGCGCCGCGCUGCAGUGCCUCAAGAAGAAGAAGCUCUACGAGCAGCAGAUUGAGCAGCUCCAGAACCAGCAGCUCAAGCUCGAGGAGCAGGUCAUCACGCUGGAGGGCAGCAAGACGACCGCGGAGACGUUCACCGCGCUCAAGUCCGGCGCCGGCGCCAUGAAGCAGAUCCACAAGGAGACCAACAUCGACGAGGUCGACAAGGUCAUGGACGACAUCAACGAGCAGACGGAGAAGAUGCGCCAGGUGCAGGAGGCGCUGGGCCAGCCCGUGGGGUACGCCGCGGACCUCGACGAGGACGAACUGGAAGAGGAGCUCGCCGCGCUCGAGGCGGAGGAUCUCGAGGAUGAGCUGGAUCUCGAAGCCGAGCUCGCGGCGCCGGCGCCCAAGGUUGCGGUUCGGCCGCAGCCGGCGACGGCGGCGAGCGCCCCGGCGAUGCCGUCCGCGCCGGUGGGACGCGCGCCCGCGCCCAAGCUGCCGUCGGUUCCCGGGAAGAGCUCCGAGGAUGAGGAGUUGGAGGCGCUCCAGCGGGAGAUGGAGCUCCUGGGGGCUUGACGCGGCUUUUCGCGAUUGGGGAGGAGGGUCCGUUCGAGGUGUUACGAGUUGUAAACGAGUGCGGUGUCGACCCGACGUGCGUGCAUCGCGCUGUGCGAUGACUUCUUCGAUGGCAUCGG